AUGGACUCAGACCAAGAUUGCAGUGACUUAGCUAAAAAUGCCCCCUUGAAGGUUGGAAUUAUCUGGAAAUAUGGGAAUUAUGGUGCCUCACUUAGGAACAAGGAGAAAAUUGAAAUAAACCAGUACUCCCUGCACACCUGCUCCUUGUGUGGCCAGACCGAGCUGAAAACAUGGGUGACGUGGCACUGUGGUUUGGGCAUGCAGACAGUUACUGGUGGUGUCUGGCUCUUCGAGGGCACAGCGAAGUCGGCCCUCAGAACAUUGAAGGAGCUGAAAGACCAGUAG